AUGGACAGGUGCUUAUCGUGUGCUGUGAAGACAGGAGGCUCCACCACCAUCCCAUGUCUCUAUGAUCAGAAAUACAAAACCAAUAUGAAAUACUGGUGUAAAGAAGAUUAUUUGAAAAGAUGCUCCCUUGAUGUACAUACUAAGAGCAUAUAUAAGGCCUCAAUCUCUGAUUACAUCAACAAGCAAACCUUCACUGUGACCAUGACUGAUCUGGAGCCAGUGGACUCUGGACGUUACUGGUGUGCUGUGGAGAUCAUUGGUGGAUCAAAUGUCAUGAUAGAAACAUUUCAACUAUUUGUCACUACUGGUACUCCAGAACUCUAUGUGGACCAACAGGAGGUGACUGGAGUUGAAGGAGGGAGUGUCAUUGUAAAAUGUUACUAUAGUGACACUAGAAAUAGGAAGUGGUGGUGCAGGAUUGGUGUCAAUAAUUCCUGCGAGAGGAAUUCUACGACUAUAGUGACCAGACAGCAGACCACUGAUGCCACCAGAGGAAACGUCUUAACGGUGACUAUGAGUGGACUGAAGAUAGAGAACACUGGCUGGUACAGGUGUGGAGGGGGAGACCUUAUGAUGCCUGUUCACAUCACUGUCAGACAACAAACCACCACACAAAGUACCUCCACUAUGACCACAACCCAAGCUCCAACCACUGAACAAUCCUCUUUCUCUCCAACUGCUGAGCCUGUUCAGACUGACAACACAGUCCAAGGACCUGAGGGGGACAAGGAGAAGGACACCAUGAGUUCCAUAGAUCUAAAAGUCCUACUGAUUCCUCUGGGCAUGUUGGUGGUGGUGAUGGCUGGUGUCCUAGUCACAUGGAAGAUGUGGAGAAAGCAUAAGGACAAUAAGGCCAUGGACCAGACAACAAACACCUCAGUGGUAGGCUACACUCAUGUUCCUCUCAUCUGACUCAAG